CCCGCAGAGCUCCGGCACCGAGCGCUCCUCCGGAGAGGGGCACCGACCGAGCCCGCACCGCACCGCGCUCCCCUCCUCGUCCCCCCCUUUCGCUUAGGAGCUGCCGCCGCCCCCGCUCGUUUUAAUGUUUGGGAUUCAGGAAAAUAUACCACGAGGCGGAACGACCAUGAAGGAGGAGCCGCUGGGCAGCGGCAUGAACCCGGUCCGCUCGUGGAUGCACACGGCCGGAGUGGUGGAUGCCAACACGGCCGCUCAAAGCGGCGUGGGGCUGGCUCGGGCGCAUUUCGAGAAACAGCCGCCUUCCAACCUGAGAAAAUCCAAUUUUUUCCACUUCGUCUUAGCUCUGUACGACAGGCAGGGCCAGCCGGUGGAGAUUGAGAGAACGGCUUUUGUGGACUUUGUGGAGAAAGAGAAAGAGCCAAACAAUGAAAAAACUAACAAUGGGAUUCAUUAUAAACUUCAGUUAUUGUAUAGCAAUGGAGUGAGGACGGAGCAGGACCUCUACGUGCGCCUCAUAGACUCCAUGACCAAACAGGCGAUAGUGUACGAGGGGCAGGACAAGAACCCCGAGAUGUGCCGGGUGCUGCUCACACACGAGAUUAUGUGCAGCCGAUGCUGUGACAAGAAAAGUUGUGGCAACAGAAACGAGACUCCAUCAGACCCCGUGAUCAUUGACAGGUAAGGACGGCUCUGCCGGCCCGCAACCGGGCGCGUUCCGUGGCGUUGUCCCCCCGUGCCAGAGCGCACAGGUGGGCUGGUU